AAAGAUUUAUAACACACAGAUCAUUCUUUUAUAUUGAUUAUUUUGUUUUAUACUCAAAAAUUAAAUAUAUUACAAGCAAUAACAUGAAAACCUCUUUGAAAAAAGUCAAACGAGGAACAAAUGCAUGUCACCCACUUUAUUUUUCUGUGUCACAUCUUCUGACCACUAUUGUAAAAACCUGCAAAGUUGAUGAAGGGUUCUUUUUUUAAUCUAUUGAACAUGCAACUACUUCUUCAGCAGUCACCUCUCACCUACAUCUUGCUCUCAAAUGAAGGCCAACUUGUUAACCAGCGUUGCCACACUUACAUGACUGGCCAGGGCCUUGAUUGGCCUGUUGGGAGUUAAUCAUUACGGCUAUUGACAUGCACAGAGAGAGUCUGAGGCUAAAGCAGACAGCUGUCACCUGCUGAUGCUUUUAUCUUCAUGUUCUUGCUGCCUCCUUUCACUUCUAAUCUGCCCUCUUUGCUCUGCUUGUGUUGAUUUUUUUUUUACAGAUAAAUCUCUCUUAGACAUGUCCAACACCAAGCCCAAAGCGGAGAGCCAGAGCGAUGAAGCGGAGGGCCCGGACGGAGGCUGGGGCUGGGUGCUGGUCGGCGCCCUGUUCAUCAGCACGAGCCUGGUGUUCGGCCUGAUGCGGAGCUUGGGGAUCUUCUUCGUGGAGUUCGUCCAGUACUUUGAGGAGAGCGCUCAGGCCAUCUCCUGGAUCUCUUCCACGGGCCUGGCAGCACAGCAGUUCUUCAGUCCGCUGGGUGCAGCGUUGUGUAAUGCAUAUGAUGCCCGGGUGGUGGUGAUGACGGGGGGCUGUCUGGCCGGGCUCGGCCUCAUUCUGGCCUCACAGGCCACCUGCCUUCUUCACCUCUACCUCACUAUGGGUGUUAUUUCAGGUUUGGGCUGGGGGCUGGUUUUCACUCCCAUGGUUGCUACGGUGAUGGCUAACUUCACUCGCCGGCGCACCCUGGCGUUAGGACUGGGGUUCUCCAGCAUCGGCCUCUCCUCCUUCGCCUUCAACCCGCUCUUUCAAUUCCUGGUGGAGAUGUACGCCUGGCGAGGGGCCCUCCUCAUUCUGGGGGGCCUCAGCCUCAACAUCGUGCCCUGCGGAGCUCUCAUCCGCCCACAGCGACGCUCAAAAGCCCCAGCAAAGGUGGAUUCAGAGAACAGGUCAUCAUGUGCUGCAGUGCUGCACCGAGUCUCCUCCCACCUGGAGCUGUCGCUGCUCUUUGAGAGGCCUUACAUCACCUACACGCUGGCCGUCACUCUCCUUAACGUCGGCUACUUCGUGCCGUAUUUCCACCUGGUGGCCCACAGCCGCCAGUGUGGCUUCUCAGAGUACCAAGCUGCUUUCGUCAUGUCCGCUGCCGGCGCUACAGACAUUCUGGGCCGCAUAGUGUCCGGCUGGUUCUCAGACCUGGGUCACUUUCGGCUGAUUCAUUUGCUGACCUCGUGGACGACGCUGGCGGGCGUGUUCAUCAUGCUGCUGCCCGUGAGCUCCUUGUCCGGUUCCUACACUGCACUGAUGGCCAUCAGCCUCCUGUACGGAUUCUGCUCCGGGGCGUUGACCUCUCUCGUCUUCGCCGUCAUUCCCAUGAUCGUGGGUGUGCAGCGUACGAUGGGAGGCCUCGGGCUGCUGCAGCUCAUCGAGAGCAGCGCCGGACUGCUGGGGACGCCUCUGUCAGGGUUACUUAAGGACGUCACAGGCAACUACGUCGCCUCCUUCCUGGUAUCCGGCAGCUUCCUCGUCCUCGGCACUUUGACCAUGACCACUCUGCCUCACUACUUCUCCUGCACGGACCCUCCGCUGCCUUCACCUGAUGACAAAGAUAAGGGCUUACAUCAAGAGUUGGAACAGAUGCACAGCUCCCAGUCUGACAUAAACUACAGAGGAGUUAAUGAUCUGGCAGGUGAAGUAACCAAUAAGCCAAAAGAGUGUGUAGGUUAAAGGGCUAAAGAGCCUUGUUGAUACUCUUCAGUCCAGCCAAUGUGGUGAAGACAAUCUCUUCUUGAGCUGCUCUACAUUAUACCUCAGAGAUUCAGACCCAAAGAUGAAAGAAGUGCACUGUGAAAACUGCGACAGCAUAAAGGGGCCAGUGAGUUCCUCACUCUGUUACACAUCCUGACCUCAGUUUAAUGGAAAAAACGCUGAGCAUUUAAAUGCACAGUAGGAUUGUAAGCAAGAUAGGAAACAUGAAGGAAAAUGUUUUUUGUUAUUAUAACUUGACUUAAGAAACAAGCAGAGGACUAUUUUCUUUUCUUAGUAUUUCAUUUGAAUCUGCAAAUAUAAGUUUUGCACAUACUGUACAUGAUUAAUCUUCACUUUACCUGAUUUAAACUAUAUUCUGUUAAUGAGGCGCAUGCACAUUGUUUAAAAGAAGUGGAUGUGAUGUCACCCACUGGUUUGUGUGGAGCACCAGUUGAAAGCCUUGAGUCAGCCAUGCUGUAAAGCUCUUCUUUAUCAUCUAUUUUACUCUAAAUAAGAAAGAGUCAUUUUAUCAUAAACUUACAUAUACGAUCAUGUCUACUUUUUGAAGCCGGUGGAUCGUCCCCCGACUGGCCAUUAGAAAGAAUGCAGGAUUAGGACCCUUCAAAGACUCUAGUUCCACUUCUUUUAUACAGUCUACAGUCAUGGAAAAAAAUAUUAGACCACCCUUGUUUUUUUAAAUUAAUUGAAGAUGGGUUUUUUUUGAUAAUAACCAAAAUCAUUAUCAAGAAACCAUUGGAAAAUGUCUAGAUAUCAUAGAUAUUUUUUGUUGUUAUCAUUAUAUUUGUCCAAACAAAUGUACCUUUAGUUGUACCAGGCAUUAAAAUGAACAAGAAAUUGAAGAAAAAGGGUGGUCUAAUAAUUUUUUUCAUGACUGUAUGUGCAGAAAUGACACAACAUCAUAGAGCCUACUGAUCAGCAGGGCUGGAUUAAUUCAAUAUUGACCCUUUUCACAAAAAACAUUUUGUCUUGUCAAAGCAGGAAAAGCACAAUAACAAUGGCUGCAUGCCAUUACGUGAGCCAGUUCCAGGGCUCAGCCAUUGUCUGGGACAUUUAAUUGGAAUAGAGCCAUCGUUAAUGCACCUGUGCGUUUCCUGCUUUAAAAAAAAAUGGGUCUCGAUGCUCAUGUGUGUAUGUACAUCUCCAGAAAAAUGUCAAGUACAUACUACAGAUACACAUGGCAACAUUUCUGUAAACAAGCCCCUCUAAAGUCUCAGGUAAUGAAACAGGACUUAUCACAAGUCCAUUGUGCCUAUAACAUACAGGUGCAUCUCAAUGAAAUUAGAAUAUCAUAGAAAAGUUUAUUUAUGUCAGCAAUUCAAUUCAAAAAGUGGAAAAAACCCAUUAUAUAGAUCCAUUACACACAGAAUGAAACAUUUCAUGUCUUAAUUUAUUUAAUUUAUUCUAAUUAGAAUGAUUGUGGCUUACAUUUAACGAAGACCUAAAAUCCAGUGUCUCAAAAAAAAUUAAUAUUACAAAUGACCAAUUUUAAAAAAGUAUGUUUAAUAUGGAAAUGUUGACCUCUGAAAAGUAUGUCCAUCUAUAUGACUCAAUACUUGGUUGGGGCUGUUUGACUUGAACUACUGGAAAUGGACUUUUCCGUCAUAUUGUAAUUUAUUGAGAGGCACAUGCACAUACAUAUAUAUAGAUAUAUAUAUACAGUACUGUGCAAAAGUUUUAGUCAGGUGUGGAAAAAAUGCUGCAAAUAAGAAUGCUUUCAAAAAAAGACAUGUUAAUAU